AGCAGCGUUUGAGAAGCAGAAUAUACUACAGAGGCAUAUCAGUAGAGUACAGUCAAGGCCAGGAGUGUAAGGACACCAAACGCAACCAGCAUAUUACUCAUAAGACAAUUGUUAUCAAGAAUGUCUGAGCAUUCCUAUCAUAUUUCAUUGUUGAGUUAACUAACAUUCGUACAUACAAGUACUCACAUUUCUUAAAAAUUUGCUCCGAAAUAAGGACAUUGUGUAAAAUUAUAUAUUGAAUUCAAAGUAAUACAAGUUUGUAGCCAUGGGCACAUGUUAUAGGUAGUAUAAGACCAAUCUAUAUCAGUUCGUAUACUUUCUAGUAUUGCAAUUGGUGCAAUAAGGUAGUAUUCUUGUUAACCUUUGGGUCUCUUUGACAAUAUACCUUAUUUUACCGCCGAUAUGGCUCAUGCUUUAGCUUCUCGUCCUCCAAGACCAACUGCAUUGCGUAAUACGAGCAACAGUGUCGAGAUCGCGUGGCAUUCAUCUAAGUAUGAUAAUACACAUGGCAAAGUUACAUCUUAUAACAUAAAGAAACUGCACAAAACAAACAAUGACUGGAAAGAAGAAGUGGAGAAUAUAAAAGCGAAUGAAAUUGGAUUAACAGGCCAGGUCUCGAUUGUUAUUCAGGUGGAACCAAAUUGUUCAUACAGGUUUGCUGUAAUUGCGUUGUACAGUGAUGGUUCAACCAGCGCGCCGAGCGAAUGGAGUGAAAGCGUAAAGCUCGAUGAUGAAGAAGUUCAAAAUAUAGCUGUUUCUUGGAAAGAUAAAGCACUGGCAUUGUCAACAGUUGUGAAAGAGGGUCAUCCUACGAUCCACCAGUUAAAUCUCACUUCGACUUAUAAAAGCCAAUCUGAAAAUAUCCGGAAAUUCGAGGUUGGGCACCAGAAUAUGAGCAGUAACAUGGUUGAAAAGGUCAUCAUGCUUGUUGGUGCUACCGGUGCUGGGAAAAGUACCUUCAUUAACGCCAUGGUUAAUUACUUGUUUGAUAUUAAAUUUGACGACGAUGUGCGAUUGAAAAUCAUUGAUGAAGACACGAAAGCUGAUCAAGCGCAGAGCCAAACGAAACACAUCACAUCGUACACAAUCCACGGAACUAAAGUUGGAUUUAUUGUCACAAUUGUUGAUACACCAGGAUUCGGUGAUUCUGGAGGUUACAUAAGAGAUGAGGAAAUUUCUAAAGAAAUGCACACGUUUUUCACCUCUUCGGCUGGACGGAUAACUCACGUCGACGCAGUUGGCUUUCUAACGCAAGCAUCAUUGCCAAGACUCACGCCAACACAGAAGUACAUAUUCGAUAAGAUUCUGUCUUUAUUUGGAAAAGACAUCAAGGACAACAUUUUGAUGCUUUUCACGUUUGCAGAUGGAAAUGAGCCUCAGGUACUAAGUGGAAUAAAUCAAGCUAAUAUUCAUUUUAGCGAUUAUUUUACGUUUAACAAUACCGAUCUUUUUGAAGAAAAGAAGACAACUAAGAGGCAAAAUAUGAUCAACGAGUUAGCCUGGGAAAUAAGCAUCGAAGGAUAUGAUGGUUUCUUCAAAGUUAUUGAAACGUAUCCUCCAAGAAGUUUAAUUCUAACUCAAGAGGUCUUAGAGGAGAGAAAUGUCCUGCAGGCAGCGGUUAUCAGCAUACACGAAGAUAUAAAGAAUGGGUUGGGGAAGUUAGAAAAUAUACGAAUGGAGAUAAAAAUUGUCAAUCAAUUGGAGGAAGAUAUAAUUGCCAACCAAAACUAUGAAUAUCAGGCAAAAGAAGAUUUUCAGGAAAUGACGAAAGCGAAAACACGUUCGUACAAUUGCAAUACCUGCCAAAAAACAUGCAUCCUGGGAAAGUUCACUUUUCUAACUGAACUUACUAGAGUGUUCAGAGUAAUACUUUUCCCCUCCAAACGAUAUGAAGAUGUUGCACGAGAUACAUGUAAAUGUCCUACCUGUGGAUGUGAAGAAGCGAACCAUGUAUAUUCUCCAUUCGUAUGGAAGACCGUAAAAAAAGGAACGACUAAAACGUUAGAUGAUAUGAAAAAGCGAUAUGACCAAAGUAUUGAGACGAAAUUAACAAAGGAAAAGUUGAUCGCCGAGUUGAAAACUGAUUUUGAUAAACACCAGGCAAACACGCUUAUGCUUACAGAGAAAGUUAGAAAAAUAGUGGUGCGACUUAACGAGAUUGCACUGAAGCCGAAUCCGAUUUCGUCAUUAGAAUACAUAGAUAUGAUGAUCAUUCAAGAGAAAGCUGAUGCGUUUCCAGGCUUUUUGGAAAGAGUGAUGGAACUACAAGAUCUUCGGGCAAAAACGGGCACGUUGAUGGAAAUAAUUGAGAAGGGUGCCAAUCAUGAUUUGUUUUCACAGUAUAGUAACACAGAGUUGUGGAAUCAAGUGAUGGAUGUUAUCAAAAGAAACAAAGAAGAAAGUAAUGAAGAUGCUGAUGCUGAUGAUGAUGCUGAUGAUGUUGCUGAAAACUAA